AUGGGGCAAUCAGAACCUAUAUUAUAACCAUGUUUUACAAAUUCUCCAUUUUUGGGAGACACAUUUGUUAAAGUUAAUUAAAACGGAGAUGUAUAUUAAUAUUAUGAAAAUAUAUAAUAAUUGAAUUACCUUACUGUUUACUUUUAAAGGGCAAUUAAUUUAAAUAAAAUGAACAUUUUAUUCACCAGAUUAUAAUACAUAGUAAUUGACAAUGAAACAAUCCGCUUAAAAUUUGAAAGAGGUUCAUCUCAGAAUUCUAUUUCAUAUUCUGGAACAAUAAGUGGAGCUUUGGUAUCUAAAAGCUAAUCAAUAACAAAUUAUGAUACCUUAAACAUAAAACAAUCUUUUAAAGAUUCAUCUGAUUUGAUAGUCGAACUUAAAUCAAGUAUUUAUAUUGGAGUAUAUCUAAUACGGACGAAUUAGUAAGUUUCAAUUUACGAUAUCUACACCAAUCAAUUUUUAGAAAUACUUAAGUUUCAGGAUUAAGUUUAACCAUUUGCUAAAUGUGAUUUUAUUGAAAAAACAUAUUCAAUAAUCUGCUUUAACAAUAAACAAAUUUUAUUAAGAAGUUUUUUUCUAUCAAAUUAAAAAUUGGAGUUUGUAUCUGAUUUUAAUAUAAAUGGAUACGUAUAUGAUACUAAAAGUAAUUCAAUCUAUGUCUAUGGAGAUAAAAUUUUGGAGUUAAAUUCUAAGUUAUAAUAGCUUACAGCUUUUAAAAUAACAUCUAUCUCCUUAUAGAUGAGUAGUAUUAAAGAAUAAUUUUAUUUAACGAAAUAUGCUUGA